AUGAAUAUUUUUAUAAUAAAAGAAUUAAAGAUGCUUAUAGCGCCCGGAACACCUGAUACACCUACAAUUCACUUUUGGAGAAGCUUUGAAAAAUACAUCUGUCUUUCCUUUGCCAUUUUUGGCUUUGGAGUCUGCCUUAAGGACGCUUACUUCUUGUCUCAUGAGAUUGCUGCAAAAAAUCAUAUUGCUGGGGUUAAGCGAGAAUCAUGAUUCGGAUCAAAUUAUGCCGAUGUUGAUGAUGUCCAAUUAACAGCUUUUCUAAAUGGACUGCCUUCUCUUUCACUGACAGCUUGCUUGUUUAUUAUGAUAAGGAAAAUGCUACUUAGAUAUAGCAAUUCCCUUGAUGCACAGAUUGGCUAUUAUUUACUUUUUGGGCUUGGUUUCUUACUUUAUAUACAUGGCCCAGGAACUUUAUUUACGCUGCUCAUGAUUUUAGGAAAUUACGUAUUAUUAAGGAUUUUUAUUGCCAAAAGGUGAUUUCCUGCUCUUGUUUGAAUUGCAAACGUCACAUUUUUAAUUAUUACUGAAUACAAUGAUGGCUAUAAAUUUGGAUGGAUUUCUUCAUAUUUUGGGUUCUUGGAUCAAAUCCCGAUCGCAAUUAAAUGAAAUAGAAGUAGCAACCUUCUGAUGCUGAAAAUAAUUAGCUUUGUUAUUGACUGCCACUGGUGCUAUUUAAAUAAGCCCAUAAAAUCUAAACACAAGCACAUGGAAAGGUGCAUCGAAUGCACUAAGGAAAUUACAUGCUUGAAAUAUCGUUACGAACAGCAUGCAAAUAUUUAUACGCUAAAAGCAUUUUUAGCUUAUUCAUGCUAUCCUCCCUUAUAUUUGGCAGGGCCAACUCUUACUUACAAUGCUUGAAUUUCUCAAAUUCAAUCUCCGCAGCAGGCUUAUGAUAGCAAGAGGAUUGCGUUCUACACUCUAAGACUCAUAUUCGUCUUCUUUAUACUGCAGUGGUGGAUAAACAAUCUUUACUUCCCUGCGAUUGCAAUCAACCCCAAGAAUAAGUGAAUUUGGGAAGAUUUCACUGCCUAUGAACUCAUUGCAGGCUCCUAUGUCAUUUUAAAGUGAAUUUGGCUCAAAUUUAUGGUCAUUUGGAGAUUUUUCAGGUUGUGGGCUUUACUUGAUGGUAUUGAAACACCUGAAAACCUUGGAAAAUGUAUAUCAAAUGAAUACUGCUUUGAAGGAUUCUGAAGAAUGUGGCAUCGAUCUUUCAAUCUCUGGCUGAUAAGGUACCUAUUUGUUCCGCUAGGAGGAACAAAAUAUAAAGUGCUCAAUAUUUGGGUUGUAUUUGGAUUCGUUGCACUCUGGCAUGAUCUGAAAAUGAGCCUUUUAGUGUGGGGCUGGGGAAUGUGUAUUUUCAUCGUCCCAGAAACAUUGGUUAAAGGAUAUCUCAACAGACCGAAAUUUGCAAAAUUCAGAGAAACACUUCAAUAUAACUGGCUGUGCGUGAUAUCAGCUUCACUUUAUCUUUUCUUAUUAUGCAUUGCAAAUCUUGUAGGCUUUUCAUUUGGAGUCACAGGGUUGAUUAUUGCUGCCAAUCAGAUUGUUUCAUGGGAAGGGCUAUUUCUCAUCAUAAAAAUAUUCCUAACUUUCAUGUUUUUAGUUCAUUUUAUGAUGAUGAUUCGAUAUGAAGAUCUUAGAAAAGGUAAACAAGAAAUUGGAUUUUAA